CAGUAGGGGGAGGGGUCAGAGAUCGAAUCUCCAGCCCAGACUGCCAGCCAGUCCAGCACUGUGCUGGGACACAGCGCCACGGCGAGACCGAUCGGAAGAGCCCCCUACCCCUGCUUCCAGCAUCCUCAGCCUUCCCCAGGCCAGGAUCCAACAUGACGGACACCUUGCCGCCCCCGGCCGGCCGACCCUUGGAGGAGGGGGAAUGCUAUUUCCGAAAGGGUUGUAACCCUCUGGCUCAGACAGGGCGAAGCAAACUUCAGAAUCAAAGGGCUGCAUUAAACCAACAGAUCAUGAAAGCUGUUCGAAUGAGAACUGGCGCUGAAAAUCUUUUAAGAGCAACCACAAACAACAAAGUGCGAGACCAGGUUCUCUUGGAACUUAGUUACGUAAAUUCAGAUCUGCAGAUCUUAAAGGAGGAAUUAGAAGGACUUAACAUCUCAGUGGAAGUUUACCAGAACACAGAGGAGACAUUUACAAUUCCCCUGAUUCCCCUUGGCCUAAAGGAAACCAAAGAAGUUGACAUAUCAGUCCUUCUUAAGGAUUUUAUCUUGGAACAUUACAGUGAAGAUAGUUCUUUAUAUGAAGAUGAAAUUGCAGAUCUUAUGGAUCUAAGACAAGCUUGCCGCACACCUAGCCGAGAUGAAGCUGGUGUCGAAUUGUUAAUGACAUACUUCAUUCAGCUUGGCUUUGUUGAAAACAGAUUUUUUCCACCCACUAGGCACAUGGGAAUUUUAUUUACAUGGUAUGAUUCAUUAACUGGUGUUCCAGUCAGCCAGCAGAAUUUGUUGCUGGAAAAAGCCAGUAUCCUAUUUAAUAUUGGCGCUGUCUAUACACAAAUUGGAACCCGAAGUAACCGGCAGACACAAACAGGGCUUGAACAUGCUGUGGACGCCUUUCAGAGAGCUGCAGGAGUUUUAAACUACCUAAAGGAAACAUUUACUCAUACACCAAGUUAUGACAUGAGCCCUGCCAUGCUAAAUGUUCUGGUCAGAAUGAUGUUAGCACAAGCUCAAGAAAUCAUUUUUGAGAAAAUAAGUCUCCCUGGGAUCCGAAAUGAGUUCUUUACCUUAGUGAAGAUGGCCCAGGAAGCUGCCAGGGUUGGGGAGGUUUACCAGCAACUUCAUUCAGCUAUGAGUCAGGAGCCAGUUAAAGAGACUAUCCCGUACUCUUGGGCCACCCUGGUCAAAGUGAAAUCCGACCAUUAUAGAGCUCUGGCUCACUACUUUGCUGCCACCAUUCUGAUUGAUCAUCAAUUGAAUCCUGGAGAUGAUGAAGACCAACAGGAAAAGUGCUUGUCUCAGCUGUAUGAUCACAUGCCUGAAGGAUUUACACCUUUGGCAACAUUGAAGAACAAAAAUGAGCGGAAACAACUAGGAAAAUCCCAUUUACGUAAAGCCAUCACUGAUCAUGAAGAAUCUGUGAGGGCAGCCAGCCUGUGCAAAAAGCUGAGGAACAUAGAGAUUCUUCAGGAAAUCUUGUCUGUUGCUCACAAGAGGUCUCAUCUCAAAUACUCUCAACAUAAACAAGAUGACGAUUUUCUGAAUUUAAUAGAUGCUCCAGAUAUUACCUCUAAAACAGAGCAGGAAGCUGAGAUGAUAGCACCACAGUUUUCCAAGGUGGUAGUGACAGACUUCUUUCAGAGGCUGGGCCCUUUAUCUAUAUUUUCCGCAAAUAAGAGAUGGACAGCUCCUCGAAACAUUCAUUUUACCAUUGAAGAAGGAGAUUGGGGGUUCACUCUGAGAGGAGGUUCCCCAGUACAAGUUCAUUUUCUGGAUCCAUACUGCUCUGCUGCACUGGCAGGUGCUAAAGAAGGAGAUUAUAUUGUUUCUAUUCAAGAUGUGGAUUGUAAGUGGCUAACAGUGAGUGAGAUCAUGCAAAAACUGAAAACUUUAGGGGAGGAAGAUAUUGAGAUGAAGGUCAUUAGUCUUUUGGACUCAGCAUCUUCUGUGCAUAAUAAGUGUGCUACCUACUCUGUGGGAAUGCAGAAAACUUACUCCAUGAUCUGCUUAGCCAUAGAAGAUGAUAAAAUCAACAAAACCAAAAAAAUCUCCAAAAAACUGUCUUUUUUGAGUUGGGGAACCAACAAAAACAGACAGAAGUCAGCUAGCACUCUCUGUCUCCCAUCAGUUGGGCUGGUAAGACCCCAGAACAAGAAGAAACUUUCUUCUCCUUUUGGUCUUCUCAAUACAGAAAGUUCACUGUAUUAACAUUUCAGCAAAUGAAGCUAUUUCUAAGUGUUCAGUAGCUCUCAAUAUAUGUGCCAUAAUGUGAAAUUUAUUAACAUAUUUAAAACCUAUUUUCUUAGAUUUUAAACUUGGAUGUGGCAUUUGUAUCCUAAACAAAAGUGCCGAAACUGGAUUUACAGAAGACAUUGUCUUCUGUGUGAAGCGUGUCAGUGUAUUGCUACAAGUUAUUUAUUGCAUAUAGUCCUGUAUAUAAAAAAGUGCUGAAAAUAUGAAGGAUAGUCUUCACAACUAAUUUUAUUACUUGUCCUUGUAUCAGUUUUAAAUUAAUAUUGCAGAUAUCACUAUGUAAUAGAUUUAGAGUUUGAAAAAAAAUAAAUUCUUUAAUUUUAAUUCAAACAAAUGCUAUACAACAUGGCAGCUAGUAUCCAGACUACAGUAGUGGAUUUGAGUUACUGUUAUCAAAAAUAGUUGUGCAUACUCAAUGACAAGUUUUACUUUGAUUGCUGUACAAAAUGAAUGACAAAACUGCAUACUUUUAGGACAGUUGCAGGUUCUAGAUACAACCUAGUGCCAAAUUUCAUAAUUACUAUUAACAGCAGAGACUAUUUAGAACCAGCUUUGACUUUACAUAUUGUUUAGAAAUAAUUUUCAUGUUGCUAACACACUAGUGUUAGAUAAAAAUGCCAUCUACAGGGUAGAUAUUAUACUGUUUGAUACUCAAAACAUUUUCCAUUUUGUUUAAAGUAGGAAAGUGCAAUAAAUGCACCUUGAAUAAAUCUCUGGCUAAAAAAAGCCUGUUUUAAAAAGAAAAGCCUGUUUUAACUUUUCUUUGCAAUAAAUAUAUAAUAUUACGGAAGUUUUAAGCUCUAUGUAAGACUUUUAAAAUCCAAAUGUUUCCUAAGUAAUGACAGUUUUGUGGGGGUUUUUUGCUAUGUACCUGAAUAAUACAGAAAAAAUUGCUAAACAUAUCAUUAAUACCUGUAACAGAAGUUUCCAAGUUUUAGUUUCAUCAUAAUCAUUAAAGUCCUAAGGGAACAUUGUGCAAAUGUAUCCAAACAGUGCCUUUAGCAUUACAUUUGUAGAAGCUUAUGUAUUUAAAUAAAUAACUAUUAAUUUA